AUAUAUCCAUAGAAGGAAAGCUCAGGGAAUCACACUUGGUAUCCAACAUGACGGCGACAUACCUUUUAUCUGCUUUGGUAGUUGUACUUUGUAUCACAUCUAAUGACUGCCGCCCCCGAGGACGAAUCUUGGGUGGGGAGGAAUCUGCAUUACAUAGUAGACCAUAUAUGGUGUCACUGCAGGUGAAUGGAACCCACCAAUGUGGGGGACUGCUAAUCUCUGAUGAGUGGGUGCUUAGUGCAGCACAUUGUGCCAUUGACAGUAAUAAUAACACUCGUGCUGUCGUGGGGACUAACUCUCUAUCCGAAUCUUCUAAAUUUGCUUAUGAUAUUGAAAUGCAAGUCACUCACCCGCUGUAUAACAGAACUACCAGACACAACGACCUACUUCUGCUGAAGGUAAAACCCAAGGUUCCACUCAGCAAUACAGUGGAGCCUCUGCAAUUCCAAACUGAAGAUAUUGUGAUUCCUGGUGGUACGAAAUGCCGCGUAGCUGGCUGGGGGAAGAUAACACGCACAGGAAGGAGGCCAGUCAUGUUACAUGAGGUCAUGGUCCCUAUAAUCAGCAAUGAGAUAUGUAAUGGCCGAGCCUACUACCAGGAUAAAAUAACUUCCAACUUGAUGUGCGCAGGGGAGGGUAAAAAGGAUUCAUGUGAUGGGGACUCCGGUGGACCUUUAGUAUGCGAUGGAGUAGCAGAAGGAAUAGUGUCUACUGGUUUUAGCGUCUGUGGCAAUGCCAAACGGCCUGGCAUCUACACUCGCAUUUUUCCCUACAAAGACUGGAUUUAUAACACCAUGCUUAAUGCCACCCUGCCCAGAACAGCAGAAGCAACAGCAGUGCUAUCCAAUGGUGCAAGUAGAAAAAAUGUCUUACAGGCCAAUGAAAAUGGGGGCGUGAUACACAUAUGACCCCAAUAGUGCCAGAUACACGUUGCCCCAGAGUGCCAGAUACACGUUGCCUCACAGUGCCAGAUACACGUUGCCUCACAGUGCCAGAUACACGUUGCCUCACAGUGCCAGAUACACGUUGCCUCACAGUGCCAGAUACACGUUGCCUCACAGUGCCAGAUACACGUUGCCUCACAGUGCCAGAUACACGUUGCCUCACAGUGCCAGAUAUACAUUGCCUCACAGUGCCAGAUAUACAUUGCCUCACAGUGCCAGAUAUACAUUGCCUCACAGUGCCAGAUAUACAUUGCCUCACAGUGCCAGAUAUACAUUGCCUCACAGUGCCAGAUAUACAUUGCCUCACAGUGCCAGAUAUACAUUGCCUCACAGUGCCAGAUAUACAUUGCCUCACAGUGCCAGAUAUACAUUGCCUCACAGUGCCAGAUAUACAUUGCCUCACAGUGCCAGAUAUACAUUGCCUCACAGUGCCAGAUAUACAUUGCCUCACAGUGCCAGAUACACAUUACCCCACAGUGCCAGAUACACAAAUGCCCCCACUGUGUCAGAUAUACAUUGCCCCCCAGUGCCAGAUACAGAAGUUCCCCCACAGUGCCAGAUAUGCCCCCAGUGCCAGAUUCAGAAAUGCCCCCAGUGCCAGAUACACAUGUCCCCCCCAGUGCCAGAUAUGCCCUCAGUGUCAGAUAUGCCCCCAGUGCCAGAUACACAUGUCCCGCAGUGCCAGAUAUGGCCACAGUGCUAGAUACACAUGUCCCCCCAGUGCCAGAUACACAUGUCCCCGCAGUGCCAGUUAUGCCCCCAGUGCCAGAUACACAUGUCCGCCCCCAGUGCCAGAUAUGCCCCAAGUGCCAGAUAUCCCCCAGUGCCAGAUAUGCUCCCAGUGCCAGGUAUACAUGCCCCCCAGUGCCAGAUAUGCCCCCAGUGCCAGGUAUACAUGAAUCCCCCCCCCCCCACCUUCCCCUGCUGCUCACCGCUGCUGCUGUCCUGUGUGUGUGUGUCGGUGUGAGGAGAGGAGAGCGCAGCCUG